UUGUAUAUAAAAAGGACCGCAUCGUUCAUUGUAAGUAAUACGGAGAAGAGUCUAAAGAAAGUAAACGACAAAUAAACUAUCAGUAGAUUAACAAUGAAGUUGGUCGGAGCAGUUUCAGUGCUACUUGCCCUGCUAUGUGUUGACGGAGUUCUUAUAACAAGUCACCUGAUCGAAAUAGACCAUUAUGGUCGAAAGGUUUCUAUGGAUGUCACACGUGAUACAGAGAGGAAUACAGUUCUAACUGUGAUCGGAGACGUUUCCAUGUACAAGAACGGAAGGCAUAGCGUAAAUCUGCACGAUUUCAACACGAAUUACGGUGUUCUGAAAGAUAUCAACAAGAAAAUGUGUCUCCUGGCGGAAUCUACACUAAAGCAACCAACAGAGGACAUGUACAAAGUGGGUCUGACGUAUAACGUCAAACAUCACGAGUUAGACAUAAACGAAGAAGAAAUGACGAAGGAGGAAGUCUUGGAACUUGCUGGUGAAAACAUAGCUUCUUUCUGUGCCGAUUAUAACACUUACUUGGCAACAGUCAAACCGGCCAAGACCUGGCCACACGCAAGGAAGAUGUCAGCAGCGGCACAAAGCACAUAUUGGUGUGUGUUCUCCUCAUGUAAAGCAGAUACGUUAUCUCUGUAGUAUGCAGACAUUCUUAAAAAUGUUAAAGAUGACAAACUCUAUAUUUCUCUACAUCUAACUAUUCAAAACUGUAAUUAUUGAAGAAUGCAUCUUAAAAAUUUGUUCAUUUCUUUUUUAGUUGUGUUGUGUUGAUGAAAUUCAUUUUUAAAAAAAUAAACAUUAAGUUAAUAAAAAAUAUAAAAAAAUGUUAAUUUGUAACAACAAUGUUAUGGAAUUAUUUUGUCUUACCAAAUAAAAGUACUCUAUCUUUCAAAA